AUGCUGACUACCAUCGAAGCAUGCUCAGCGUUACCUGCACUCAUGCGCCGGCAGGAGGUGCUCUGGAUCGGAAACGCCGGCUUGCACGAACGCUCAGCAGCUCAGAGCCUGAUCGUGCUCCCCAACCUUGGCUCGGUGCUGGGUGAGUGAAGGCCUGGUAAGGGUGGUAGCAUCUCCAUCACACGAUCCGCAAGACUGCAAGACUGCAAGACUGCAAGACUGCAAUGCUGAAACACUACAACUCUUGCACCGUACGAAGCAGGCCAUGCCUCCUCCACCUUCGACCCUCCUCCACCUACUACGCUCGCCUUUGCACCUCACAAGAGAUCGCUGGUGCAAUUGCUCGAGCUCACUCCGCUGCAAGGUAUAUUCGGAGCUUUUCAUCCGCACGCACCUUCCGAUACGGCAGAUAGGGUAUUGGAUGGACUGGUUCGAUGCAGCAUGA